CCCCGAAGGCCAAGUCGGGCAGACGCCAGGGCUGCAGGUUCGAGACGCUCCGCCUCCUUCUGCCACUUAGAGCACAAGCGCCAGCAGGAACCUUUCCACUCAGUCUUAGCUGCGGUCACUGCCGAGGUUUUUGAAACUUUCCAAGCAAGGGCCUACCAGGCCCUUUGCCUCCAACCGACGCCGUGCCUGCCGCCUGCCUGGGACACUUCCAGGCCCGGGAGAUCCCGCUGUCUCCAGGGCACCGGCGCCCCAACUUUUUACGCUCAGUCGGCGCCCCCUGAGUGUCCCGCUCCAGGGCCAAGGAGCGUGCGCAUCUUCCGGGGACCGGCAAGGCUCCCGACCUCCUGGCUCAUCUUCCUCCUCCCCGGAGUGGGUGUGAGGCUGGGGGAGCCUGGAUCCGCGGUGCACUUGAGCGUUGCCAGCGCUCGGGGUUCGCCCCCGCCUCCGAGCCCACCCUCGAGGAGGGAUUGAGCCCCGGCGGUCCAGGCCUCUUACUCAGAAACUCAAGUCGGCCCGCGUCUUUCCUUUCGGAAUCCGGGUGCCCGUAGCGGAUCGGCCGGGCGAGCUGCGGGGGGAGGACCAGAGCGCUCAGGGCCGCGUCGCCCCGUCGGUGCUGCGCGCACCAUGGCCGGCUGCUGCUGUCUGUCCGCGGAGGAGAAGGAGUCGCAGCGCAUCAGCGCCGAGAUCGAGCGGCAGCUUCGCCGGGACAAGAGGGACGCGCGCCGCGAGCUCAAGCUGCUGCUGCUGGGAACAGGUGAAAGUGGCAAAAGCACCUUUAUCAAGCAAAUGAGAAUCAUCCAUGGAUCUGGUUACAGCGAUGAAGACAGAAAGGGGUUCACGAAGCUGGUUUACCAAAAUAUCUUCACCGCCAUGCAAGCCAUGAUCAGAGCCAUGGACACCCUGAGGAUCCAGUAUGUGUGUGAGCAGAAUGAGGAAAAUGCCCAGCUAAUCAGAGAAGUGGAAGUGGACAAGGUCUCUGCACUCUCCAGGGACCAGGUAGAGGCCAUCAAGCAGCUGUGGCAGGACCCAGGAAUCCAGGAGUGUUACGACAGGAGAAGGGAAUACCAGCUGUCAGACUCUGCCAAAUAUUACCUGACUGACAUCGACCGGAUCGCCAUGCCGUCAUUCGUGCCAACGCAGCAAGAUGUGCUUCGUGUCCGAGUGCCCACAACUGGCAUCAUUGAGUAUCCAUUUGACUUGGAAAACAUCAUCUUUCGGAUGGUGGAUGUUGGUGGCCAGCGAUCUGAAAGACGGAAAUGGAUUCACUGCUUUGAGAGUGUCACCUCCAUUAUUUUUUUGGUUGCUCUGAGUGAAUAUGACCAGGUCCUAGCUGAGUGUGACAAUGAGAACCGCAUGGAAGAGAGCAAAGCCUUAUUCAAAACCAUUAUCACCUACCCCUGGUUUCUGAACUCAUCUGUGAUUUUGUUCUUAAACAAGAAGGAUCUUUUGGAAGAGAAAAUCAUGUACUCUCAUCUAAUUAGCUAUUUUCCAGAAUACACAGGACCAAAGCAGGAUGUCAAAGCUGCCAGAGACUUUAUCCUGAAGCUUUAUCAAGAUCAGAAUCCUGACAAAGAGAAAGUCAUCUAUUCGCAUUUCACGUGUGCUACAGACACAGAGAAUAUCCGCUUUGUGUUUGCUGCCGUGAAAGACACAAUUCUACAGCUAAACCUGAGGGAAUUCAACCUAGUUUAAAAGCCGCUGUCCACUCCUCGCCCAUACCAGAAGACAGGAUUUGUAAGCUCUUUGUGUUUUGUUUGCAAGUGCUUCUGACAUCAUCCACCCAGCCCAGUGGGUGGCACCACGUCCAUCAUGCAGGCCACACGGACAGAGAUGGGUAAUGGAGCUUCUAAGAUAUUUGAGUUUAGCAAAAAUUUUUCCAAGUCUUUAUUUCCAAAUUGUUUAUAUAUUUCUUCUCUUGACUUUUGGCUGUAAGAUUUUAUGUAAUUUUUGAAUUUGAUAUUUUACAAAGCCAUUGUGAUUUACUGUUUUUUUUUAAAAAAUUCAAUUUGUGUGUUUAAUAAUAGCCAUUAAAAAAUCACAUAACAGAGGAGUCUGUUAACUUAUAGAUCAUGACUUGAGACCUCUAGGAUUAAUCUGGGUGACUUCUAUUUUAAAGAAAGUUAAUGGGUUUGAAGCUUUUUAUUAAAUCUUGCAAUUUAGAGACAUUUUUUGAGUGUUUCUUUCUUUUCAUGCUAAAGUAUAAUGCCUUUAUGCCACCAAAGAUUCUUUUAAAGUUGGUUCUUUUUUUUGUUCACUUUCUAAGCCAAAUUAAUGACUAUAUCAGUAUGUCUAAUUUAGUUUUGCCACAGUUUGAUCACCGUGAAACCAAAGCUAAUAUAAAGUAAAUGGACUCUAGAUAGCAUAUAUGUUGCACUGGUAAAAAAAGUGUGUGUGUAUGUGUGUGUAUAUAUAUAUAUAUAUAUAUAUAUAUAUUACAAUGUAUAUGACCAGGUCUUAUAAAAUUAUGGAAUGGCUAGGAGCCCAAAUUGUUUAACAAAUGUAAAGUAGCCCCUGCCAAAGUUCUGAUGGGCACCAGGGAUUUGCUGUCUGAACCAUGUAUUCUGUGCCUUUCUGAGGUGGCUAAGAAUAUACCCUUCUGCCAUUAGCAUUGGAUUAUGUUGUGUUUCUUUAAGCUCAUGGUUGACUGAUGAUUCUGUUCCUUCCUAAAAAGAAAAAUGCUUUGACUUUAAUAGUUAAUAACACAAACUUUCUAAAUAUCCUUGUAGGGGAGGAAAAAUA